CAACUUUUCUCGACAUUCAAUCCAAGCUUUCAUUCUUUAUGUUUCAUUCACCUUUGGCGUUCGGGUCCAUUUAUGCAUGGUUCGGUCCCCUUUUACAGGCUCCUCAAUGGUGUCCUACAGCCUUCGUCUAGCCGGAUUCCCCAUUUGAGCCUUCACAUCCUUCGACGACAAACUCGUGCUAGAGCGCAUUGCACGACGGAAUGGCAGCCUCGGAAUCUUCAACAUCAGCGACGAUUUCAGUCCAGCAUAACCAUCGGCUCGUCUUUCUUCCCGGUUGACUCCACUACUGGCAACUACGAACACAAUGAUACCCCUACAAACACCUCGAGACUCGAGUCCACGAGCGCAUUGACUCCCGAUGCCGGGUCUGCUUCUCAGAGCUCCUUAAAAAGACAAGUGUCGAUGGAAGAGCUGUUGGAAGAGAAUCACCCGGAAAGAAUACUCUUGGGCUUUGUCACACCCUCUAUUGGUGAUGCUUUCGUUGCAGACGCGGACGACGAGACUUUUGCCAGAGCUAUAUGCGCUCUUGAUCCUGACUACUUCAUCCUCCCAUUCAGAGACAUCCAUCGCCAUAUAAAACCUACUUUGGAGACCGAGCCACGCUUUCGGUACGUAAAAUCUUUCGAAGAACGAGUCGGCACCUUUUAUCAUGUCUUGGACACGUUGGUCACGCUUCGACAAGAGCGUGGCCAUGCCAUCACUCUUGAUGUCUAUCGACAUUUGCUGCGUUGUGCAGCUGCUGGGGGCUAUGGGAACAUGGCAAGAGUCGUAUUUUGUACCCUGAUGCCAGAGAACGAAAUCGUUCCCGAUGUGGACUGCUACAACUAUUUCAUGGAGGCGCUCAACUGGAACCUUGCAUAUGGUAGAUUUGAGCGAUAUUCCCUGAGAGUUAUUCCGAAGCAUAUGUAUCUUCGCUCUCAGAAAGAGAGGCUUCCAGGCUUCCGCGGUCACACGGUCGCUUCGCCGACGCUACCAAACGACGAGCAGUCACUCCGGCUAGAAGUCCUGAGGACUUUCAACGAACUCGUCAGACGAGGUCUGAAAGGCGAUGAAGCUACCUUUUGCAACCUGAUAACCGCGAUGGGUCGCGAGGGAGAUAUCUCUAGCGUGAGAAGUGUGCUCAAAUCGGUCUGGAACAUCGACCUUGAUGCCCUUGAGAGGUACGAUGAGGAAGAGGUCGAAAGUCCGACUUUCUACAAGCCCGAUUCUCCGUUGAAACCCACGGAACGACUCCUUCAGACGGUAGUUCAUACCUUCUCCACCAACAACCAAGUCGACAAAGCAAGCAUGCUGGUUGAUUAUAUCUCUCGAAACUACAACAUACCGAUUCCGGCAAGUGUGUGGACGCACCUCCUCGAAUGGACUGCCUUACUCUCCCUCCAGUUGGGCGGGGUGAAGUUUCGCAACGGCGAUGCUGCCGGUCGGGUGUCCUUCAGAGCACUUGAAGCCUUAUGGACAGCCUUCCAUGAUGAGCCCUACAAUGUACCCGUUACCAUUGUGGAUCAGAUGUACAGAGUCAAAGGUAGAUUUCGAGGAAAGAGACUAGAACUAGCGUUGCGCGAUCUGCGAGUGUGCGUACAAUUGCUCGACGAAGAUCGGACCAAAGUCUCCCAGAUGUACGAUAAAAUGCGGGAGUAUCUCCGAACAAAUUAUGACCAUAUCUUCGCAGCUGGAGUACCGUCGGCCGAAUUUCUCCAACUGAAGAGGGAGUUCCUGUUUGCUUCAUUGAGGCUCGACUGUCAUAUCCAGCUCAUCAGCACCGCUGUUAGGAAUAUGUUCAAAGAGAGUUGGUGGAACGUUACAACCCACAGGCCUUAUUUUCGGCAGGUCACUUGGCCCUUGCGAUUGGUACCUGAUUUGGUUCAGGAAUGGGCGGAGUUUCUCCCGAAUAUCAUUCCCUACUACACGACUACGGGCCAUGUCACGAUAAGCGGCCAGGAACAUAGAGAGAAAGCGAUGGUGUCGGCGAAUUCGGCGCAGACUACCUUUGCCGGGUCGAUGAGGGCGAUGUUCGACACCUACAGUCCCGCUCGUUUACGUCAUUCCGUGGACUAUGUAUAUCGUGGUCCGAAGGGUCUGGCAGCCUUCGAUGCAGAGGCGGCGUCUUUUGAGGACGAUGGUGAUCAGAGGUAUACUGAUUGGGUUCUGCGGGAGGAGAAGGAGCAGCGUAGUGAGCGUUUGAGCACGGUCAAGUAUGGACAGGUGAAUCCUCCUGGACCGGAUUGGCGAGUGGAUGAAUGGCACCCAUGGGCUGGACCUGGCAAUCCUUCCAAAAAAUGACGCUCGGAUAAUUUAAUAUAGUGAAGCUCGAGUAAGCAAUGCUUCUCGACGUGGUUGUGUAGCAUUAUAUAUGUACUACCGUUGUGCCGAAAUUAGAUCACUCUGUACACUUG